UAUUAAUUAAAAUAGUUUUAAUUAGUUGCAUUAGUUUUGUAUCCAUUAUUAUAUUUGUUGUGAAUUAAUAUUUGUUACAUUUUUUAGAUGGAAGGUGGUAGAUAUUCGGUUGAUUUGGGUAACCUCCAACGCAAUCGAAGAAACGAGAUUGGGAGGAAGAAAUCCCGCAAAGGUAAAGAACUUGCCGGGUCUUCAUCUCAAAGUCGAGAUGAUUUUGAAACGGGUUACCAAAGGCGAGAUGGAGAUGCGAUGUCCGAAGAACAACUCCAACAAGAAUUGGCCCGACAUAAUAACCGCUUUCUACAACAACAACAAAUGCCGACGACCAUUGACGAAGAGGAGCUUGAGGAUGAAGAUGCAGAGGAAUUGGAACCGGAGACGGCCGAGGAGGAGGGUGCCGGCAGCCACGACGCCGACGCGCCUGCCUCAUCCCAAACCGCCACCGGUAAUAAAAAAAGUAAGUCUGAACUAAUGAAAAAUAAUUUUGAUAAAUGGAAGGACCCACAAACCGGCUAUUGGCACGCAACUUGCAAGUGGUGCAACAACAAUUAUACUUUUGGGAACCUCCGGCGGAUACGGAUCCGCCGCAAGGCAUCUUAAGGCAAAGCACCCCGUGGAGUAUGCAAAAUUAGGCGGCGGAACGGGGAAGCAAACUCAAAUAUCGAGGUUUGCGAAUUCUCAACCUUUUGGUAAUUUCGCCUACAAUGAUGCACAAAAUUUGACUGGUAUGGCUAACUUAAUUUGUGAAGAAAAUUUGCCUUAUUUGUUUUCUGAAAGUCUUGCUUUAAGAGAUUAUGCACAAGGUAGUUUAAAUCCUCAAUUUAGAAAUUAUAGUCGCAAAACUGUUAAGAAAGAAAUAAUAAGGCUUUAUAAUGCGGAAAAGGAAAGGUUACAAAAUUUUUUUGCAAACUUUGAUGGGCGUGUUACUAUUUGUUCUGACAUAUGGGAGGAUGAUUUUCAUCAUUUAUAUUAUUUGGGUCUGACUGCACAUUAUAUUGAUGAGGAUUGGAAUAUGCAUAAACGUGUUCUUGCUUUUCGUGAAUUUAAUGAUCGUCACACCGCUGAACAUAUUUAUAUUUUGAUUGAGCGUAUUUUAAUUGAGUAUAAUUUGAUUGAUAAGGUGUUUGCUAUUGGUUUCGAUAAUGCUACUAAUAAUACUGCUGCUAUACCUAGAUUGCGUGAGUUGUGUGGUGCCAAUUCUUUGAUGGGUAGAUUUUUUCAUCAACGGUGUGCAUGUCAUGUUAUAAAUUUAUGUGUGCAAGACGGUUUAAAAGCGUUAGGAGAUUCCAUGGAGGUAAUAAAGGGGGGGGUUAGACGUAUUUGGGGUAAUGGUCAACUUAGAUUAAAAUGACAAAGUUAUUUGACUGAAAGAGGUGUGAGAUAUGUUGCUUUUCCUAAAGAUUUGAGUAUUCGUUGGAAUAGUACUUAUAAAUUACUUAAAGUUGUUCUUAGAUAUAAAGAACAUUUUCCUGCUUUUUUAAAAGAACAUGAUAACUAUAUUAUAAACGCGGCUGAGAUCGACACUUGCGAAAAAAUUUGUAAUGUUUUGAUAUAUUUUUU